GCCUACAGCGAAGUCGUGAUCCAGGGGAACAGGUCAUUCACAUCUUAUUUAAAAGCUGAGUAUGACAUUCAUAACAUGGACUACUGGAUUUAUUUAACCACGACCAUAACGCUUAAACAAAGGACCCGGAAAUAAAACGGUGACAGAACCAUGCAGGUGUCGGUGAGAAGGCUGGCUCUGUAUCCGAUGGGUGUUGCCCGGUUUGGCCAAAUCAGGGAUGCUCUCCUGAGCCCGGUAGCCCGCCUCCUGUCCCCCAGCACCCGCACCCUGUUCAGUGAGACAGGAGUGUGGGAGAAGGACUAUAAAACAGAGACCCGACGCCGAGUGGAAGAAUGGUGGCACCCACGAAUUAUGGCACAGUGGAGGAAGGAUGUGUUAGAGGAGAGUUCCAACAGGAAGAAGUUUUACGUCCUCUCCAUGUUUCCGUACCCAUCGGGCAGACUGCACAUGGGUCACGUGCGAGUGUAUACCAUCAGCGACACAAUCGGCCACUUCCAGAGAAUGAGAGGCCAUCAGGUGCUGAAUCCGAUGGGUUGGGAUGCGUUUGGACUCCCAGCAGAAAACGCAGCCAUUGAGAGAGGUCUCGACCCAGAGGAGUGGACUAAAAGUAAUAUCCAGUCCAUGCGGGAGCAGCUGGACAGCCUCGGCCUUUGCUUCAACUGGGACAGGGAGGUGACCACUUGCCUUCCAGACUACUACAGGUGGACGCAGUAUCUGUUCAUCAAGCUCUUUGAAGCAGGACUGGCAUAUCAGAAAGAGGCUGUGGUGAACUGGGACCCUGUUGAUCAGACAGUGCUGGCUGAUGAGCAGGUGGAUGAAAAUGGUCGCUCCUGGAGAUCUGGCGCCCUGGUGGAGCAGAAGCUGCUCACACAAUGGUUCAUCAAGACUACAAACUAUGGCAAGCCUCUCCUGGACGCCCUGGCAGACCUUCCAGAGUGGUAUGGUGUCAAAGCCAUGCAGGCAAACUGGAUUGGAGAGUGCACCGGCUGCUACUUUGAUUUCAAACUCAAGGUGAACGGGGAGGACACGGGGGAGACCCUGUCAGCCUACAGCUUCUCCCCAGAGAUGGUGUUCGGAGCGGCUUACCUGGCCAUCCUGCCCUCCCACAGGCUGCUGCACGGUAGCAGCUCAGUGCGCUCGGCCCUGGAGAAAGCCUUUCAGCCUGGCAGAGACUCCCUUACAGAGGUCACCGCUCGCAACCUGCUCACAGGCCACGAGGUUCCCGUGGUCAUCUCACACAAGGAGGCAUUUGAUGGCUAUUUGGAUACUGUGAUCGGUAUCCCAGACAGCAGUGAGGACCAUCUGUCCGUGGCUACAGCUCUGAAUCUGAGGUGGGAAGCAGUGCUGAAAAGUGACGAAGACGGGAAACAAACUCUGAUCAACUCUGAUGAGUUCUCAGGCCUCACCAGAGAGCAGGCAUUUGACUCCAUUACCCAGAAGGCCAGAGAGCAGAAGAUUGGCGGCCACCUCACCAGCUCCAAGCUGAGGGACUGGUUGAUAUCAAGACAGCGGUACUGGGGCACACCCAUUCCAGUAGUGCAUUGUGGGGCUUGUGGUCCAGUCCCUGUCCCUGAGGAGGAGUUGCCAGUUACAUUACCAAAGCUACCGUCUCUCAAAGGAAAGGGUGCGUCGCCGCUGGAGGCUGCUCAUGACUGGGUCAACUGCACCUGUCCCAGAUGCAAGGGCCCGGCGAGGAGGGAGACCGACACCAUGGACACAUUUGUGGACUCUGCCUGGUAUUAUUUUAGAUACACAGACCCUCACAACCCAGACAGGCCUUUUGAGCGCCACCUAGCAGAUCACUGGCUGCCUGUGGACGUGUACAUCGGAGGGAAGGAGCACGCCGUCAUGCACUUGUACUAUGCUCGCUUCCUCUGUCACUUCUGCAAGGAUCAGGGUCUCGUCGCUCACAGGGAGCCUUUUUGGAAACUGCUGGUUCAGGGUCUGAUCAAGGGCCAAACUUUCAAACUGGCAGACAGCGGCCAAUACUUGAAGAGAGAAGAAAUAGACUUCACAGAUAAGGAGCCAGUGGCGCGUGGCGGUGGUCGUAUCGAGGUGACGUGGGAGAAGAUGAGCAAGUCUAAACACAAUGGUCUGGACCCUCAAGACGUGGUGCAGCAGUACGGCGUGGACACGGUUCGGCUCUACAUCCUUUAUGCAGCACCACCUGAACAGGACAUCCUCUGGAAUGUCAAGACGGAUGCCCUACCCGGGGUUCUGCGAUGGCAGUCUCGUCUCUGGCAGCUGGUGACCAAGCUGAGGGGGGCUCGGCAACUUGGAGACAUCCCUAACCCCUCCCUGCUGAAAAAGAAAGAGCUGGCAGAGGCCAAGAAGAUCUGGAAGAACAAGAACUACGCUAUUCAAGAGGUGACAUCUCACUUCACAGAGGAAUUCCUCUUCAAUGCAGCCAUUUCCCGCCUGAUGGGACUCACUAAUACGCUGAAUAGUGCAACGGUCAGGCUGUUGCAGCACAGUGUGGAGUUUGAGGAAGCUCUGGCUGCGCUGGUGAUGAUGACAGCGCCCAUGGCUCCUCACCUGGCUUCUGAACUUUGGGCAGGUCUUUGCCAGGUGAAAAACCCUCUCAGCCCCCUCCUUCUGCGGGGAGGAGAUGUCCUACAACAGUCCUGGCCGACUGUGGACCCUGAGUACCUGGAGGCCCCUGACUUUGUGGAGCUGUCUGUGCUGAUAAACAACAAGGCCUGUGGGACGGUGUCCGUGCCGCUGCAGGUGUCCAAAGAUUUGGAGCAGGUGCAGAAGCUCAUCCUGGAGAGCCCGUUCGGACGGAAGCUUCUUGGCGAGCGCAGCAUCAAGAGAACCAUCCUCUCCCCUAGGACCGCCCUCAUCAACUUCCUCAUUGAUGAGUGAUGUUUAGGCAUUCACAGCUACUUCUGUAACUGCUGGUUGUGAACGCCAUCAUGUCAGUUAGUGACUUCACGGAAAGAGAAAAGAGGAUGACUUUAAUGUAAAUUAAGACAAAGUUAUCAUUUUUAAUGUAAAUAUGUCUUAAGAUUUUUAUUUAUAUUUUCCUGUUUUUAAUAAAAGCCUGAAGAAGCA